ACACAUUUCUUUACGGUAAGUGUCCAGUAGUAGCAGGCAUGGCGACUGCAGCAGCAGACGUAAGCGAUGGCGCUUCAUAUGAAAGUGAUCAAUGUAAAGAAGAUGGAGAUACACCGAGGCAGAGUUCAUCUAACGAACAGAACACAGAACCGAAACCGGUGUGUCUCAUAGUUUUAGGCAUGGCAGGGUCAGGAAAAACAACUUUUGUGCAGAGGCUCACAGUUUACCUGCACUCCAAGAAAAGUCCUCCAUAUGUUAUCAAUCUAGAUCCUGCAGUUCAUGAGGUCCCUUUUCCAGCCAACAUUGAUAUCAGAGACACUGUCAAUUACAAGGAAGUCAUGAAACAAUAUGGCUUAGGUCCAAAUGGAGGAAUCGUCACAUCUCUCAAUCUGUUUUCAACACGAUUUGAUCAGGUCAUGAAGUUUAUUGAGAAAAAGCAAAGUAACCACCAAUAUGUUUUGAUUGACACUCCUGGGCAAAUAGAGGUGUUCACAUGGUCUGCAUCUGGAACCAUCAUAACUGAAGCACUGGCCUCUUCUUUUCCCUGUGUGGUUAUUUAUGUGAUGGACACAUCUCGAAGUGUAAAUCCGGUCACCUUUAUGUCCAACAUGCUCUACGCCUGCAGCAUUCUCUACAAGACCAAGCUACCUUUCAUAGUCGUCAUGAACAAGACCGACAUCAUUGAUCACAGUUUUGCGGUGGAGUGGAUGCAGGACUUUGAGGUGUUUCAGGACGCUUUGAAUCAGGAGACGUCCUACGUUAGUAACCUGACCCGCUCUAUGAGUCUCGUUCUUGAUGAGUUCUACACCAACCUGAGGGUUGUCGGAGUGUCUGCAGUCACGGGUUCUGGGCUUGAUGAACUGUUUGUACAGGUUGCAGAUGCUGCUAAAGAGUAUGAAACAGAGUAUCGUCCUGAAUAUGAACGUCUGCACAGAGAGUUGGCUGAAGCUCAGAGUCAGAAACAACAGGAGCAGUUGGAACGCCUUCGGAAGGACAUGGGAGCAGUUCCCAUGGAAACUGCAGUUCCUACUGAUGCCCCAGAUCUUGGUGGGCCCAGUGACCUCAUCUUUACCCGCGGCAACCCUGAUGAAGCCGAGGAAGACAUAGACAGCGAUACCGAUGAUAUCGAUCACACAGUCAUAGAAGAAAGCAAAGAGGCCGGCGCUUUCAAAAGCUUUCUGAAGGAGAGAAGAGAAAUAGUGCAAGUGCGCAACAGGAAGUCAAAGUGAGGGCAGGAAAUGAUCAUUAUGUAUGUGUACUGUUGCCCAGAAUACUUGAGUUUGAGCCCUGAACAUUGACCUUUCCACUUUCAAAGACAUAAGUUGUUAUAGCUCAUUUAGACAUUUUUUCAUAAAUCUGCUUGUAUGCUACAGUUGUGGCUACUUGCACAUCCUGCUGCCACAUCAGCUAGUCUGCACUGAGAUUUCAGAAUUGCGAAUGAAUGAAUUUGUAAAAACAGUCUGUUGCAUCAUGCACGGGUUAAGAACUUCAUUAGUUCAAAACCAAACAUCAACAUGGAGUUGAAUAUCUUGGGUCUCCACUGAACAUGUAUUCAAACAAAUACCUUCUGAAAAAUGUCAGAAAAUACCUUGUUUUUCUUUUGCAUAAUAUAUUUAUGUACGCUCUAUAAUCUUAUUUGUCUGUUAAUAGAAAUGCUUUGUUUUUCCCAACAACCUGGAGCAGAAACCAGAAUCUGCAGUUUCUCUUCUGACUUCCUGUACCUUUAAAGUUCACGUUUC